AUUCAUCAGUGAUUUCCACAGAGACCACGAGGUGCCGGAAGGUGAAUACAUGUCGAUAUAUUUUCUGACGAUCACAAGUAUGUAAGUGACAAGGACAACAUCAACUUCUUUCAACUUCAUGUAGCUAGUGUAACAUUGAAACGAAGAUGAUGUUUGCGAGUGACGAGCCUGCGUUUGCUUUCCGCGCUGAGAUGGAAUGGUCAACAGGUGAGCAUUUGCGAGAUUGCGAAGAGGUCCGGUCCCUGCGGCUGGUGGAGGCGCUAGGCUCCGGCGCUGGUUUUUCCAAAGAUGAAACCUCCCUCGUUCGUGCUCAGCUUUUCUGCCGAUUUCUCAGUGCACUCACUAAUGGUCCCAAGGCGCUGUUGCAGGAUCCAAACGACGACUUUCAGUUCUACCCACAUCCAUCGGAAGCGUCGUACCGUAAGAGUCGACUUCGCACUCGUACCAGUAUGGAAGAGAGGGGCCACGACUCAGAUGCGUCAGGAACUGACGAUGCCUCGGAGGGUGGCGAGGCUUUAGUUACGCCUGAAAUUGUUCCCGUGGAACGCGUAGACGGUCGGCGGCCGCUUCUGGCUAUGCCUUCGUCCGGCAGCACCUUUAUUGGAGCGAGCACAGGAGGAGGAACGGGCGCUGGAGGUAAUUCAUCAAAUAUGCUUGCGUAGAAAGAUAGACUAAGAUAAUCAACAGAAAACUCCAAUGCCCCGCAGAUAGCGUCACCAAGUGGCGGCUCUCGACUUUCUGUUUCUGCUUGGAUAACUCAAGAUCGUUGGUGUUCGCUCUAUUAACUGCAUCAAAUUGGAAUAGAAUUAGAAACGAAAGUAAAUAUAUAAUCGAUCAUCUUCAUCACAGCUGGAUCAUUGUCGCGCCGCGCUGUUGCAAAUGGGCCCACUUUUCGCGGACGCGCAGGGAGCGCGUCUCGACCAGGCCGUGGCGUGGUCGUGAAUGCAAGACGCAACAGUAGGAGGCGCAGUCGAGGUGCCAGCGCAGCCUCUGGUGACGACCAAGGUGGUGCGGCAGCCGGACUGUUGGACCGAGCAGCCGCCCUGAUGAAUAAGCAGGAAACUGUUGGCGGUGGCGAGCACAUGUCACGACCCUUCAUCAGCUGCCUCGACGGCGGAGCGCGCGUCCAUCUCCUGUGCAAUGGACGGCCAUUAUCCUACACUUUGCACUUCCUCGAGGAGUUCCGAUGUGCGGACUGGCAACCAAACUCGCGUACAGGCGGUCUCGCCGUUGCGGCUGGUUCCACAUUGCGGUUGUACCGACUCAACUUGUUUCACGAAAGUCUGGAACAAAUAGCAGCUUUCCGCCUCGCGAACUGCAUAACAGCUGUGAAGUGGUACAUUUUUUCGCUUACGGAAAUUUGGUCAACAAGUGCAAAAAAUCAUGUUCGAGGGUCGAACCUGUUGUGUCGGAACCGGAAGGUUUUGUUACACUUACCAGGAAGCUAGUUCAAUCUUUUCCAUGUUUAUGAAAUGAUCAUGGUUACCUUUGCUUAAAAAUUGUAUGCGACGUUUUUGCAUCUAUGUAUGUAUCAGGGAGGGAGGCCGUCCCUGUGGAUGGAUCUGCGGACACAUUGUUCGGAAGCCUUCCACGUCCGCCCUUCAUUGCUUCAACGGCCUCCGGGAUGGUGGCGCUGUAGGGUCCAGGCAAAAAGCGGGAAGGGGUCAGAGGUGGGCGCUUCGAGGCCUUCACGCCCGGCAGCCGCUCGAGAAAAGGGCCCGGGGCUGGAGGCCCCCCGCCCCCUCUCAAAAAGUUAGAUCGGGGGGAGGGCCUUCAGCCCUGAGCCCUGGAACGUGUAUAAGUAAAAGUAACCAUUUUCAUUUUAUAAUGUUCACAUUCUGUAACCAGGUCCCCAGACGGUCGCUUCCUGGCUGCUGGAGAUAAGUGCGGAAACGCGUAUGUUUGGGAACACAACUCCAAGCUACAGAGCCCAAUAGUUCUCGGAGCCCCCAGUAUGAUCGAUAGUGGAGAAAAUGGUGGAAAUGGCGGUGUUCUGAACUUCUUUUCCUCAGCGCUAAGUGGUGUGACAACUUGGAGCAGUAGCGCCUCAUCGUCGAAGAGCGGGGGUGCUCGAACUGUGCGCGUCGGUCAGAUUCUGUGGAGUCCUGAUGGGAGCUCUAUGUGCACCAGCGCUGUAGUGCCCACUGGAGGAGUUGGAUUAAUGGGUGGUCUUACCAGGGAAUCUUCUUCGUCCUCGUCCGGCCCAAGGCAUGCAGUCCACAUCUGGGCGACAGAGACAUGGGAACUCGUUUCUAGUGUGCGCCUGGAUUUCAAGCCUCGCAUAGCAGGGAACUUGCCUUCGCGGGGCACCUUCCUUGUCGCAGCGGAAAACGAGGAAGGCGCGAAUAUAUUCGAGGUUGCGUGGCGUCCACCUGACGCACCUGCUGGGGGUGUGUACUCCUUUAUGAAUCCUAGUGGCAGCAGACAAGCAAGCGUAGCGCCAGCGGGAUUCCCGUCCCUUUCAGGCGCACCAUCAGCUGUCGCGAUUGGGAGUGUUUGGCUCUCAUUUCCAUUAGGCCAAGAACGGCUCAUAGACGUGACUAUGGAUCGAACGUCGCAUGACCGAAUAGCUCUUUUGCUUGACACCGGGUUAGUGAUCAUUUGCGAGCUGUGGACGUGUCACGCUGACGAUCCCUUGAGAGACCAGCAACCCUUAGCAAUCACCGCAUCUCAGGUAUUCUGCAGUUAGACCCACCACUGAAAACUGCUACGAAUACUUGAUAUAUUUGAUGUGUAGUACCUAAACCUACAAUUCAACAGAGUUCAUCUUGGAAGAUGAAGAUUCACUUGUCCCAUAUCUAUAAAAGGGAAACAAGAAGAAGUUGAAGAAAGCAUCAAAAAUUGUCCAAUCAAAUAUUAAUAUUUUUCAGAUCAAAUUCUCCUCCCCGACACUCGACGGUCUUUUGCUGCGAAGCGUGAAGAGCAUAGCGCACACUUCCUUGCCAACUGCUGUAGAAUUUUCGCCAUAUGCACGCGAUGCGACACUCGCUACAGUGUUGUGGCAACAGGGAGAAAUACUGAGCUAUGUGGUAUAGGUUCUAGAUGCGUUUAUGGGGCAGGGCAGUAUUCGUAUCCAUGAUUGCGAAACCAUCAACAUGAUACUGUUACAUACUAUCUUCGAAUUCGAAACCCACGAAAUCGAAGGAGAUAAAACGACAUUGCUUCGACACGUAUUGAUCCAACGACUGACUUCGCAACAAUAUUCGGAAUUUUAAUUUUUUUAGUACCGUUAUCGCAUGCUUGUUUGCAAGAAGCAAUUAUGACGAGCGCUUAUCUUUAUCAGGCACUCUACUUUUGGUGUACACAGUGCCUUCCAUUUAUUGUCCCUUCAGCCACCCAGGGUAUCCUCAGGGGAAAGAACAGCCGUGCACAGUUGCAGAGACGAUCAAAAACAAAUCAAAAUACGCAAUACGGUCAUUAUGUGCAUGCUGGUUUCACUGGAUCAGGCUUUGAGUGCUGUGUGGUCCUGUUUCAUAACAGAUCCGAAUUAUGAUACCAUGCUAUUGCUUUUGCUAUGCUAUCAAAUUCGGCAGUAGCCAGCACCAGCUUGGAAGUUCUCACUCUGGUCAAAAAAAGGGAUAGACAUCAUCAAGCAGCAAGGUAUCUCGUGUUUCGCGCAUGAACGCGAUAUCCUC